CGCGGGAUGAGCAGCAUCCUCCUCCUGCUCCUCCUGCUGAUGGCCAUCGGAGCCGAGGCAGCUUCAUUUUGGCAACUGCCGAAGACGGAGCAGGUGUACCAAGAUCUGGCCAGUUGCCGUGAGGCAACGCAAGGCGAGGAGGCAGCCACUUUGAGGUGUUUGGUCAAAUCCCUGGGACUCUGGACCGACGAGGCUGGGUACCAGGCGAGGAGAAUAGCCAAGAUCUUUGCGGGCCACAACCAAAUGGAGGAACUGAUGCUGGUGGUCAACUACUGCAACCGGAAGGAGGAGCAACGGACGCAGCCGGAUGAGUGGGCUUUGAGGGCCUACAGGUGUGCCACUUCCGGUAGAUUCGGACAUUGGGUCAGGGAUUUUAUGAAGCCAAAGGAGCAAGAUUUAAAGUAA